UCUCCACUAAUUCACGAAUUUCGUCAGUAUCUUUUAUUUCACUUAGGAAAUUUUCUCACUCCGACCAUCGAAGACGCUGUGAUGACGACGACGAGGUCAAAAUUUCAGUCUCUCUCAGCACGUCGCUUCACACCGUUACCGGAACCCAAUCCCUCGCCGCGUACUUUCUCCAAAACUUUACCAGAACCCAAUUCCUCUCCAGGAACCAACGGAACUUUCCGAACACCAUUUCCCUUAUCACUCAUCACUCCAAUCAAAACCCUAAAAUCCAUCACAUUAUCCGAUUGGUGGCUAAAAAAGAAAAGCAAAGGUCUAAGUAUCACAGGAUUCGAAUCAAACGGUGGAUCUGGAGUGAGACUAUUUUCAUCAGGAACAAUCUCAAAACGACAUGAAAGUACCACUCUUGAAGCAAUUGAUGGGAUUACAAUUUCUAUCAAUGGAUUCAUCAAUCGAUCUCGUAGUCUAGAGAACGGUGUUUCGAAUGAGGUUUGUAAUCGUUUUCGUUUAGGGUUUCCUUAUGAUUGGGAAGAUUACAAUGUAGAAGAAGAAGAAGAGAAGAAGAAUGUUGUUGAUAUUUCGUUUGAUGAUAUUCCAGUGAAUAGGUAUCAGGAUCUUUAUUGUCUUGAGGGUUGUUUGAAAGAUAAGAUUUUGGAUGAUGUUGUUAGUAGUUUAAGAGAUUUGGUUUGUCAGAUAUUUGAUAAGGAAUGUGAGAAAUCAAGAAUUGGUGGUGAUGAUGGUGAGAGUUUGGUUUCGAGGGUUGUGGGAGUGAAGACUAGAGGUAUGCUUAGACGGAGAGAAGAGUAUGAAGCUUCUAUCGGGAAAGGAGUUGCGACGAUCUCUGGUGAAAGAGCUGUGACAACGUCGAAGAAGAAGAAGAGAUGACUACAAUGGAGAAUGUUGGUAUGGAUUUGAGAUUUUGUUAGACGAUGUUUGGGUGAGUAGGUUUAUAGGAUCUUAUUCUUUUAGAAGAUUGUUUGAAAAGUAGGAUUUUGGAUGAUGUUGUUGAGAGUUUAAGAGAUUUGGUUUGUCUGAAAUGUGAGAAAUCAAGAAUUGGUGAUGAUGAGAGUUUGAUUUCAAGAGUUAUGGGAGUGAGGACUGGAGGUAUGCUUAGACGGAGAGAAGAGUAUGCUUCCAUUGGAAAAAGAGUUUCGACAAUGUCGAAGAAGAAGAUAUGAACUUUCUACUGAAUUUAGCUUCAAUGAAAAGUUUGGCUUUUUGGCACUAAUGGAUAUAAGAAUGUGUAUAGAGAUCCAAAUAUGGAUACAACCCAAAUUUCUUAA